ACAUUUCCAUUUUCAACUCACUCUCUCAUUUUCCGUGUCAUCAUUACUUUGUUUUUUUCUUCUUCUUCUUUUCUCUUUUCUUCGCAACAAAUCGUAAUUCUCCAUUUUCCACCUUCUACGUUCAUUUCAGAACAAUUCAGAUCUCUUUCGCCAAAAUCAAUGAUUUGGCGUUGAAUGCAACAUAAAAGUUAGCUUAAUAUUCAAAUUUCAAACAGCAUCUCUUGCAUGGAAUUAGCAACUAUGAGAAUGAGAAACCCUUUGAUCUGGUGGAUUUGUAUUUUCGUUGUCGUUGCGUUUGUUCGAAUUAGUAAUGCUUUUUAUUUACCUGGAAGUUACAUGCAUACUUAUUCAAAUGGAGAUUCAAUAUAUGCAAAAGUUAAUUCAUUGACUUCUAUCGAAACCGAGCUUCCGUUUAGUUACUAUAGUUUGCCUUAUUGCAAGCCUCUCGGCGGUAUUAAGAAGAGUGCCGAGAAUCUUGGUGAACUUCUUAUGGGAGAUCAGAUCGAUAACUCUCCGUACCUUUUCAAAAUGAAUGUUAAUGAGUCAACUUAUCUAUGUACUACUCCGCCGUUAAAUGAGCAUGAGGUUAAGCUGUUGAAACAGAGAAGUCGCGAUCUCUAUCAAGUAAAUAUGAUUCUUGACAAUUUGCCUGUUAUGAGGUUUGCUAGUCAAAAUGGGGUGAAGAUUCAGUGGACGGGGUUUCCUAUUGGGUAUACACCGUCUGAUGGAAGUGUUGAUUACAUUAUUAACCAUCUUAAGUUUACGGUUUUGGUUCAUGAAUAUGAAGGAAAUGGUGUUGAGAUUAUCGGUACUGGGGAGGAAGGUAUGGGUGUUAUUGCUGAAAGUGAUAAGAAGAAGGAAUCUGGUUUUGAAAUUGUUGGUUUUCAUGUCGUUCCGUGUAGUGUCAAACGCGAUCCUGAAGUCAUGACAAAGCUCCAUAUGUAUGAUAAUAUCUCUUCGAUAAACUGUCCCUCUGAGUUGGACAAGUAUCAACCUAUAAAAGAGCAAGAGAGGAUAUCAUUUACAUAUGAAGUUGAAUUUGUGAAAAGCGAUAUAAGAUGGCCGUCUCGUUGGGAUGCUUAUUUAAAAAUGGAGGGUUCCCGGGUACAUUGGUUUUCAAUCCUAAAUUCACUUAUGGUGAUUUUUUUCUUAGCAGGUAUUGUUUUUGUCAUUUUCUUAAGAACAGUGAGAAGGGACUUGGCGAGGUAUGAAGAAUUGGACAAAGAGACACAGGCACAGAUGAAUGAGGAGCUUUCUGGAUGGAAGCUUGUUGUGGGUGAUGUAUUUAGGGAACCUUGUUGCUCGAAUCUCCUCUGUGUGAUGGUUGGAGAUGGGGUUCAGAUUCUUGGAAUGGCUGCUGUUACUAUUGUUUUCGCAGCCUUGGGUUUCAUGUCACCAGCUUCCCGGGGAAUGCUACUAACAGGGAUGAUAAUUUUAUAUCUUUUCCUGGGGAUUGCUUCCGGAUAUGUUAGUGUACGUCUUUCGAGGACCAUUAAGGGAACUUCAGAAGGGUGGAAAUCGAUUUCCUGGUUUGCUGCAUGCUUCUUUCCGGGAAUUGCUUUUUCGAUUCUUACAGCACUGAAUUUUGUUCUCUGGGGUAGCAACAGUACUGGCGCUCUUCCCAUUUCCUUGUUUUUUGAGUUGUUCUUCCUCUGGUUUUGCAUUUCGGUGCCACUCACCCUCAUUGGAGGAUUUCUGGGGACAAAAGCUGAGCAAAUUGAAUAUCCCGUGCGAACUAACCAGAUUCCAAGAGAAAUUCCUGCACGUAAAUAUCCAUCAUGGCUUCUUGUUCUCGGUGCCGGAACACUUCCAUUUGGAACCCUUUUCAUUGAGCUUUUCUUUAUCCUUUCUAGUAUCUGGCUUGGGAGGUUCUACUAUGUAUUUGGUUUCCUGUUGGUUGUGCUUUUAUUGUUGACUAUUGUUUGUGCUGAAGUUUCAGUGGUCCUCACAUACAUGCAUCUCUGUGUUGAAGAUUGGCGGUGGUGGUGGAAGGCAUUCUAUGCAUCAGGCUCUGUUGCUCUUUAUGUCUUUUUGUACUCCAUUAACUACUUGGUUUUCGACCUGCAGAGUUUGAGUGGACCUAUCUCUGCUAUACUUUAUAUUGGCUAUUCGCUCCUCAUGGCAAUUGCAAUCAUGCUGUCAACUGGAACUAUUGGCUUCCUUGUCUCAUUCUACUUUGUGCAUUACUUGUUCUCAUCCGUAAAGAUAGAUUAAGGCUAUAUCUCUGCUAUCUCUCAUCAACUGAACAAAAUGCAUACUGGAAGUGGAAGGGGGAUUUUUCUCAAUAGAUAUAACUUCUGCUCGAUUAUUUUUGUAACUUGGUUUGCUUUGCAGCAUAUUGAGUAAGGAAAACAGAUGCUUUGCUUAUUGUGUUAAAUAGUUGUUAGAUGAUUUUAUACUGCAAUGUAAUCUGCACUUUGUUCCCCUUCAACUAUCGUUUUUAUACCAUUUUGUUUCAUGUACUUUAGUUUAGUCAAGUUUCUUGAGGAAGUUGUAAUUGCUCAAACUGUCUACUCCCUUAUUCAUUUCAAUUAUGAUAACAAAAAUCAAACAGUUACUUAUA